UUACCCAAAGAUGCCUGUUGCACCGAGGUCCUCUGCAGGCAGUGCUAAGAUGCAGACCACGCUGAGCACCUGGACUCCUCUGAACCACCCGCUGUCCAACAGCAAGGUGUUUGAAGAGAGGCGAAACCUUCUGGCAAAAUGGUUUGACAAGUGGUCUGACAGCCAGAGGAGGGCCGUGCUGCAGGACUUUGUGCUGAGCUGUUCUCAGGAGCAGCUGAUGUUCCUGAGCCUCAGCGUGAGCAGACGGCUCCCCCUGCAGGCUGCAGACCUUACCUGCCUGCUGCCCAGAGCCCUCUGCCUCUACCUCUUCUCCUUCCUGGACCCACGCAGCCUCUGUCGAUGUGCCCAGGUGAGCUGGCACUGGAAGAGCAUAGUGGAACUGGACCAGCUGUGGAUGCCAAAGUGUCUGAGGCUCGGCUGGUGCAUCAACUUCUCCCCAACGCCCUUCGAGCAGGGCGUCUGGAAGAGACACUACAUCCAGACUGUGCAGGAGCUACGACUCACCUCGCUACAGACUGUUCCAUCCCAGCAGCAGUUUGUGGUUCCACAUGUGUCAGCCAGCAGCAGUAGGCUUGAGGAUCUGUCAGAACUGCCCUUCCUCAGUGAGGAGGAAUCCAGCACGCUGCCACUUGGAAACAUCUCCAGGAAGAAGCGGCCAACUGCACCGCCACCAUGGAGAGAUUCUGACAGAUGUCCUAAAGACACGCUACGCUUCAACUACUUGGACAACCUGGACCCCAAUGAACAAGCCCUCAAAGCGCAGUCAAACAUCAGAACCUCCACCUGCCGCAGAAACACGUGGAAACCAGACGACGGGAGCAAGAAAACACUGUCUGAGGCGAAUUACAAACUACGCAAAGCCAAAUCACUGAUGUUUCUCAGCUCUAACUGCAGAGCCCAGGAUCCACCUCCUCCUCUUCUUCCUCCUCCUCAUCACCAUCAUCAUCAUCCUGAGACCCAAUCUCGACCCUCUUGGGCGGUUCGCGGUCACGACCACCCCGUCACCAAGGAGACCGCCAAGAGCAUGCUGCGCCUGGCCCAGUGGAACGCUGGGAUCCGUCCGGGGCCGGUGAGGUCAGCGGUGCCCCGGCUGAGCGUGGAGGCCCUCAGGGCGUCCCAGCGCUCGCACCGGAGCGCUCCCACUACACCACUGUUUGAAGCUCAGCCCUGGACUGUGCCUGCUUCACACGCACCAGAUAUGGAGUAAAGCACAUCGCCAUCAUCUGGAAGACAACAGAACUGCAACUUCAGGACAAGAUUAAUAUCUUUUGCUCAUAUAAUACAUUCUGUAAGGUCAUAUUUUUUACCUUGUGUGCACAAGUUAAUAACUUGUAUCAUUGACCUUUGUUUCAUCUCUGUCCUUAUUUCCUGUCUUCUCUUUAGAUAAUAAAAGCUAAAAAUACUUACGAGUCAUAGUAUCCAUUUUUCUUUAGAUUUUUUGCACUUACAUUUUUAAUACAACUCUAAUAUUACUAUUAGACCUUAUUUUUUAUACUUCUACUAGGAUUAUCCGGAUGGAUGACCAGCAUUUAAAAGUAUUUUUAGAUAUUUGAUGUUUUUAUUUUCUAAAGAGAAAUGAGAGCGUAAACAUAAGUCACUGAUACAAAUGAUUAACUUGUGCGCACAAGAUGUAGAAAAGAACACAGAACUCUCAGGGCUCAAUAGGAUGGAGAUAAGAGAUAUAAAACAGAUGAUGUACACUUUACAUUUACGCUAUACGCUCGGAAUAAAAAGCCAGAGAAAAUCAUUCAUGAGCCCGAAGACAGUAGUAGUAGCUUUAUAGUUAUAAUAGGUUUGCAUCUUGAAUAUUAACAGUUCUGUUCAAUUAUGGUUUAACACAUAACUUGCUUGUUUUUAAAUGAACUUUUUACAGAUGUGAUGCCUAAAGGGUACCUUGUGGAGCUCUCAACCACUGUUUUGUUUCUAUCUUGUGGCUAAAGUUCCUCCAACGGCCACUUGAGGCUGGCUCCAGAAGUGAGUCAAUCUCCAUUAGGGCCCAUAUUAAAAUGCCCAACUUUACAGCAGAAAUGUU